AUGGUGUUGGAUCCAAGGCUGGUGCUGGUGGUGUUCAUCAGCACCUGCAUUUUGGCCAUCAAUGGUGACACAGAUCCAAAUGACGCUGAUCUCUUGAGUGACACUUGUUUACCGGUUGAUGCAAUUCUCGCUUCUUUACUAAAUUCUAUGAGAGGAUUCAGCUACAAAUAUUGCGGUUCAAUGUUGCUUCUGAUCUCCAUAAAGGAGUAUGUAUCAAUCUUAAUAAAGUACUUGGACCUCGUGUUACUCACAUCUUGGGCUGUUAAAAGCUCACCACUCCAUCGCUGCUCUUCAUCCUUUGUAGUAGGUUUCAGCAUUCACAUGUAUCAUGAGUUUGACUGCUUUAUUACCAAUAACGUUGCUUCUCUAAAGGCUAUGUUUCAAAGUAUGGGCUCAUCAUCCCAGCUAAAUUGGAAUGGGGAUGAUCCUUGUGGACAGUCUUGGCAAGGCAUCACUUGCUCUGGAAAUCGAGUCACAGAGAUCAAGUUACCUGGUCGUUCACUUUCCGGAUCUUUGGGUUACCAACUACCCUUCUCAUCGGUUACAAACCUAGACUUGAGUAACAAUAAUCUUGGUGGCACCAUACCAUACCAACUUCCUCCUAAUAUCCAGUACCUAAAUCUUGCUAAUAAUAAUUUCAAUGGGACCAUCCCUUAUUCUGUCUCUAACAAGACUUCGCUUGUAGUCCUGAAUCUUGGUCACAAUCAGCUCCAGCAAGCACUCAACGUUGAUUUUCAAAAGCUUUCUUCCCUAUCUACAUUGGAUCUCUCGUUCAAUUCUUUGACUGGUGACCUGCCUCAAACAUUGAGCUCACUUUCUAGCAUAAGCACCAUGUAUCUUCAAAACAACCAGUUUACAGGAACCAUUAAUGUCCUUGCUAAUCUGCCACUUGAAACUCUGAAUGUGGGAAACAAUCAUUUUACAGGCUGGAUACCAGAACAGUUGAAUAACAUAAACGUGCAAAAGGAUGGUAAUAAUUGGAGCUCGGGACCUGCACCCCCACCUCCCCCUGGAACACCUCCAGUAGUAACUAGAAAUCGAAAUCAUAAGUCUGGUGGACAUACCCCAUCAGAUGAUGGCUCAAGCGAUGAUGCAGGCAAAAAGUCUGGUAUUGGAGGUGGUGGCAUUGCUGGAAUAGUGAUCUCCAUCUUGGUUGUUGGGGCAAUAGUAGCAUUCUUUCUGGUGAAGAAAAGAUCAAAAAAGUUUAAUGACAUUGAAAAGCUUGACAAUCAACCCUUGGCUCCUCGUACGCAAAAUUUGCAUGAAAUGAAUUCCACGCAAACUUCAUCUGUAAUUGACUUGAAGACAUUUGAUACACCUGCGGCACCAAUAAGUCUUAAACCUCCACCUUUUGAUCGUCAUAAAUCAUUUGACGAGGAUGAGUUUUCAAAGAAGUCCACUGCAGUCAAUAAGCCCACUACAGUCAAAAAGACUGUCACUGCUCCUACAAAUGUAAAAUCUUAUUCCAUAGCUGACCUGCAGAUUGCUACUGGAAGCUUCAGUGUGGAUCAACUUCUUGGUGAGGGGUCUUUUGGACGUGUAUACCGUGCUCAAUUUGAUGAUGGAAAGGUUCUUGCUGUCAAAAAGAUAGAUUCAUCUGUCCUUCCCAAUGAUUUAUUUGAUGAUUUUGUUGAACUGGUUUCGAGCAUAUCCCAUAUGCAUCAUCCCAAUGUGACAGAGCUUGUAGGUUAUUGUUCAGAGCACGGACAACACCUACUAGUGUAUGAGUUUCAUAAAAAUGGAUCACUACAUGACUUCCUUCAUCUACCUGACGAGUAUAGUAAACCAUUGAUAUGGAAUUCACGUGUGAAGAUUGCUUUGGGGAUUGCACGCGCUCUAGAGUACCUACAUGAAGUUUGUUCACCAUCUGUUGUUCAUAAGAAUAUAAAGUCAGCCAACAUAUUGCUUGAUACAGAUCUCAAUCCUCAUCUUUCCGAUACUGGAUUGGCAAGCUAUAUUCCAAAUGCAAAUCAGGUAUUGAACAAUGAUUCUGCCUCUGGAUAUGAAGCUCCCGAAGUUGGCAUGUCUGGGCAAUAUACUCUUAAGAGUGAUAUAUUUAGUUUUGGAGUUAUCAUGUUGGAACUUCUUAGUGGACGGAAACCAUUUGAUAGCUCAAAGCCAAGGUCUGAGCAGGCUUUGGCUCGAUGGGCAACGCCUCAACUCCACGAUAUCGAUGCUCUGGCUAAAAUGGUUGAUCCUGCAUUGGAAGGACUAUACCCUGUGAAGUCUCUUUCUCGAUUUGCAGAUGUUAUUGCUCUUUGUGUUCAGCCGGAGCCGGAAUUCCGACCACCUAUGUCAGAAGUGGUUCAAGCGCUGGUUCGAUUAGUGCAGCGAACUAAUAUGAGUAAGAGGACGUUUGGAGCUGAUCAAGGAGGAUCCAACCGAGGGGGAGAUAAUCAAGAAUCACAAGACAUGUAA